CGGGCUGCCUCUAUGAUUGGCCGCUGCAUGCUGCGCUUCAGCCUCACUGAAUGAGAAAUAGGGGUAACCAGGCAACUUCACUGCUCCGGAGAGGAGAAGAAGAUGGGAAAGAGAAUAAGAUAGGGAUUUUUCUUCUUUUUUUGCAGGCGUGGAGGAAUUUUUAAAAAACGCAAAAAGGUUUUUUUUUUUUCUUUUUCUUUCACCUUGUCGGUCAAGGCAGAAAUGGAAUUAACGCAUGGAUUUCCUUAGGCGCGCUCUCGCCCUCCCUCUUCUCACUCAUCUCCCCUUCUCCUCCUCUUCCUCCCUGGCUGGGGGAAAAUAGAGCGCACAAAUGAAGGGGGGACACAGAUGUGGAUUAACAAAAACGCACAAAUGGGACAUUUAAGGGAAGCAUCAAACGAGAAAAGAGCUCUGAGACACCACCUGCGAUGGGCUGUCACACCGAAGUACCCGGCCAAAGAAUAAUACCCACUUGUGACCUACUCUGAAGAACAAUAUUUGAUUCAAUCUGUGUUGCAAGUUUCCCCCGAGGGGCCCACUCCUGAGCAAUAGGUGAACCUUCAGAAAAGAGCAACAGUGGACCAUGUGAUACUUGACCUUCACAGACAGAAGUCAGGUACGCUCUAGAGGAUGCCAGAUCUGAUCUGAAGCUGCUCUCCAGAGGACCGCUCGGCUCAUUCUUUAAUAUUUUGUUUACCCGAGCACCAUGCGCCGACGUGACAGAACGUAGUUAUUAAUGUUGGAUCUUCAUUUACCGAGGAGACCGUUGCCGGCAUGGAUUUGAAGGUUUUGAUUUUCAAAGAGCGACUGUGAGAAUCGCAGGAGUCUCGGUGAGGAGGAGGAGGAGGAGGCGGGCAGUGGGAGCUUGGAGGAUUAGCUAAUUCGCUGUUUACCCAUGUGGGAUCUGCUGUGACGAGGCAGAGGAGGAUGUCAGCAGAGGCCGAGCUCCAGUCAGGUGUAAAAACCAGCCAACGAAAGGAGUCCAGGAGGAUCAAAGGUCAGGACCGCACUGAGGCGGGGCUUAUCAAGCGUUUCCGCGGAGAUGGUGUGCGCUACAAGGCCAAGUUGAUCGGGAUUGAUGAGGUGACGGCGGCGCGUGGGGACAAGCUGUGCCAGGACUCCAUGAUGAAGCUAAAGGGAAUGGCUUCCUCAGCACGUUCCAAGGGGGAACACAAGCAGAGAGUCUUCUUGACGGUCUCAUUUGGAGGGAUCAAGAUUUACUGUGAAAGAUCGGGGGUGCUUUUGCAUCAUCACUCAGUCCAUGAGAUCAGCUACAUUGCCAAGGACACCAGGGACCACCGGGCCUUUGGCUACGUCUGCGGAAAGGAGGGCCACCACAGGUUUGUGGCCAUCAAGACCUCCCAGUCUGCGGAGCCUCUCAUCUUCGACCUGCGCGACCUCUUUACACUCAUCUAUGACAUUAAACAGAGAGAGGAGAUGGAGAAGAAGGCGCAGAAGGACAAACACUGUGAGCAGGCCGUUUACCAGACCAUCCUCGAAGAUGAAGCGGAUGACCCAGUUUACCAGUACAUAGUCUUUGAGGCUGGACACGAACCCCUCCGUGGCCCCCAGUCAGAGGAGAGCGUUUAUCAGGUCCCAACCAGUCAGCAAAAGGAAGGGAUCUAUGACGUUCCCAAACGCCAUUUCAUGACUAACAUCAACCACUUUGAUCUGUUCGGCGACAUGUCCACUCCUCCCUCGAUGCCCCCAUCACCUGCCAACACACUGGACCCGAGCAGGAGCAGCCGCCAGCAGCAGCACACCCCUGCUGAGCUGUACGCGCCCUUCAGCCCCACCUCGGUGCCAUCAGGCUACAUGACGAUGGGCCCGGUGCAGGCCGCUCAGUGGGCUCAGCAACCGUUUCCUGCUCAGGCUCAGACUCUAGCCUUCCCCGUGCAGGGCCCCCUCCAGGUGGCGCAGGUUCUGCCCGGUGGCCAGCCGGUCAUCUGGAGCCAGGCCAACAUCUUCCCCACGACUCAGCAGCAGUGGGCGGCCAUGGCAGCCUACAUGCCGGCCCAGACAGUAGGCGUGGGGGGCCACGCGAUCCCAGCCGCCAUGCUCCAAGGCCUGGUGCCUAUUACCUCUGUGUGCCCCCAGUCCUGCGACCUGUCAGCCCCUUCCUCGGCUAUCACUAGCCCCCAGCACACGGUCGACCCCACCCUGCUGCACAGGCAGCUCAGCCUGGGGAAAGAAGGACUCGACUCAGACGCGGGCGAGGGCCCGUCGACGUCGGGAGCAGCAGGUGCGGGACCUGGUGCUGUGUCGGCGGGAGCGAGCAGGUGUGGGACCCCCGCACCAGACAUGCUGGUCUGCAGUCAGCUGAUGCUGCCUCACUCAGCUGCGACCCAGGAAGAGGAAGGUAGCUGCAGUGAUCUGGAUCUCUCUCGGUUGACCCUGAGCCCGGGGACAUCGACGUCACCGUCCACUGAAUCCCCAUCCACUCCAGCCCUUCAUCACAGCUCGUCUUCAGACUCACCCCCCUCUAAGGCCAUCGACCCCCCCACAGAUCAGUCCCCUGCUGACCCCGAGGGAAACCCCAGCGAUGCCAAGGAUGAAGUAUCAACAAUCAUGUCUUCUGAGGCAGGACAAGUGAGAAAACUCAUUUCUCCCAGCCGCCUGCUCUGCGUGACUCUCAUCCUGCAGCUUCUGAGCAAAGUCACCCAAACAACAGCAAGCGCUGUAGGUUCUGGUGUUCGUCAUCCGCGGGCGGUGGAGAAUCAGGUCCAGCCAGUGGAUUGUGUUUUAUCAGAGUGGAGUGCAUGGUCUCGCUGUGAUGUCUGUCAAAAAAAGAGAUAUCGUUUUGCCAAGCUGCAGCAGCCUUCUCAGUUUGGGGGCGAGCCGUGCAAGUCUCACGGCCGAGAGGAGGAGGCCUGUGCUGUUUCAGAUCGCUACACAUGUGACAAUGUGCCUCUUUGUGAAGGAUUCCUCUGCACCCACACAGGUCGCUGUGUCCACAGAACCCUGCAGUGUAACGGGGAGGAUGACUGUGGUGACAUGUCAGAUGAGGUUGGCUGUAAGAGAGUCUCCAAACCCUGCAGGGAGGAGGCCGAUGAGUACUGGGGAAUCGAGAACCUGGCCAAAGGGAUAAACAUCUUGAACAGCGACCUGGAAGGGGUGGUGCUUGACAAUAGAUACUACGCAGGCAGCUGCCUGCCACAUUAUAUUCAGGAUGUGGCGUUCAGGAAGCCAUACAACCUACAGCAAUACACAUUACAGACGAGGGGCUCAUACGAUUUCUCACUGCAGUCGUUUGAAAGCUACUCUGAUUACAUGCAAUACACACGAAAGGAACGCAGCGUACAGGUGUCAUUCUCCUUCAACAUUGGCGUUCCAGGAGUUUUCCAUUUUGGAUUCAAUUACAAGGACUCCAAAUACAGCAAGUCAGUCAGCCAGAUUCGCCGCGCCUCAAGCAAAACAAACAGUUUCAUCAGAGCCAAAGCGGAGCUGGAGUUGGCCCAGUACAUUCUUAAGUCAGAGGAUUUGGUGCUUCACCCCGAGUUUCUGCGGCGCCUACGCGCUCUGCCACAGUCUUAUGUCUAUGGGGAGUACAGGCAGAUCUACAGAGACUUUGGCACACACUACAUCACUGAGGCCGCCCUCGGAGGAGACUUUGAGCACACUAUCAUCCUAAACAAGGAGAAGCUGCAGAGCUCAGAUUAUUCUCUGGAGGAAUACAAGAAGUGUGUGCAGGCUGGCUUUAACGUGGGGGCAAACAUUUAUGGAGUUUACGUGUCCGGAGGGGUUGAGGGUGGAUCCUGUGAUGGGCUUCUGAACGAGAUGGGAGAGGACACCAAGAAGGGCAGCAUGGUGGAGGACUUUGUGGCUGUCGUGAGGGGGGGAAGCAGUGAAAGCAUCACUGCUCUGCUGUCGAAGAAACUUCCCAGCCCACAGCUGAUGAGGCUGUGGGGGGAAGGCGUGCGCUAUAACCCCGACUUCAUUCGCAUGAAAACGCAGCCGCUGUAUGAGCUGGUGGUCUCCAGAGACUUCACCUAUCAUGAUACUCUCAAAAGAAACCUGAAGAGGGCCCUGUCGGAGCAUCUGGCCGAAUCGAGCCCGUGUCGCUGCGCUCCCUGUCACAACAACGGACUGGCUGUUUUGAAAGGGACGCGGUGUGAGUGUGUGUGCCCUGUUGGCUACACUGGAAGGAGCUGUGAGGUCACUCAAAGGCCAAAAGAUAUCGCCAUCGAUGGCAGCUGGAGUUGUUGGGGUGCGUGGUCGUCUUGUGGAGGCGGGAAGAAGUCCCGGACCCGACAGUGCAACAACCCAGCACCCAACAACGGAGGACUUGAAUGUUGGGGACUGCAAGAGGAGUCAACCAAUUGCUAUUAAUGUGCAAAAUAUAAAAAAGAUGGUGAAUCGUUUGUUAAAGAACAGGUUGUGUUUUGGCUUUUGCCACAAUUCAUUUUAAUAAAAUAAAAACAUAAGAAUUGAA